GACCACGAAUGACGUAGCACGCAGCUGCCGUGUUUGGUGUGUGUGGUCGGAGCAAAAAAGCUAGGAAGGGAUCAAGGAAACAUCUAGCAUCGUAGAGAUAAACACCCUACAGAGGUGUGAACCCAUCGAGCACACAAGUGUCACAAUACCAGGAGAACAGUAAAAAGGCCCGAUUGAGUCCUUCAUACAGCGAGGGUCAACAUGUCUGAGACAUACGACUUCCUGUUUAAGUUCCUGGUGAUUGGCAGUGCUGGGACAGGGAAAUCCUGCCUCCUCCACCAAUUCAUUGAGAACAAGUUUAAACAGGACUCCAACCACACCAUCGGCGUGGAGUUUGGUUCCAGAGUGGUCAAUGUUGGUGGCAAGACAGUCAAACUGCAGAUCUGGGACACUGCAGGGCAGGAGCGAUUCCGUUCUGUGACACGUAGCUACUACAGAGGAGCAGCUGGAGCGCUCCUCGUCUAUGAUAUUACCAGUCGGGAGACAUAUAAUGCCCUAACCAACUGGCUGACAGAUGCACGGACUCUUGCGAGCCCCAACAUUGUUAUUAUCCUGUGUGGCAACAAGAAAGACCUGGAUGCAGACAGAGAGGUGACCUUCCUGGAAGCGUCGCGCUUUGCUCAGGAGAACGAGCUGAUGUUCCUGGAGACCAGUGCUCUGACAGGAGAGAAUGUCGAGGAAGGUUUCCUGAAGUGUGCUCGCACCAUCCUCAACAAGAUAGAUUCAGGUGAGUUAGACCCGGAGAGGAUGGGUUCAGGUAUCCAGUAUGGAGAUGCUUCGUUGAGACAGCUGCGACAGCCGAGAGGCACCACCACACAAAAUAAACAGCAGUGCAAUUGCUAGGGGCCCACCCUCACCUCAGCCCACCGGCCCACACAGACAGGACGUCCCCUACAGCUCCAGGUGUUUUUUGGUGUGUGGGACCCUUCUCUCUGCAGUCUCACACACCUUGGAUCACCUGGAUGUCAUGGAGAUCACUGCAACCCCUUUGCCCCUGCGUCUGGCCAGGGAAACCCCUCAGUGUGAACACGCUGGAAUCAUAAAGAAGAGGAAUCCUCUUCUUAAAAAAUGGUUUCUCAGUUACUUACCAGACAAGGACGAGUCAGGAGUUGUGUGUAUGGGCUGCCCUUCUGUUGUUUUAUCUCUAUGCUUUUCAUUCUGAUCUAGUAACACCGACAUGCUUUCUACGUUUGCACAUCAUCGUUUGUAAAUUAUUAUUGGUAAACUAUUUUGCGCAUAUUCAUCGUUCAACCUAUUCGGAUAUGAUUCAUGAUUAGUUUGGUCAGCGCUUUUGAGUUUUAACAUUCAUAAAGGCACGCGUUGAUAUUUUACUUUUUAUUAUCCAUUAUUUGAUUACCUGUACUUUCCAUAAAUUCACCCUGUCAUUGAUAGUGAUAAACAGUCUAAACACGUUCUGAUAUAAGUAAAAUUAAGUCAACAUGAACAGAUUUUGGUUUAGAAUUACUGUAGAUAUGUUGAAAACCGGGUACAGUGCAAAUGUUUGUAAAGGUUUCUGCAGUUGUUGUCCAGUAAUUGUUCCUGAUCCAAAUGGAAGCAACUAAUCAGUGAGUUAAAGUGUAGUUAAGAUUUUUAAUUGCAUAAAGGCCCAAAUGUAGAGCCCAGUUCUUUUACUCACUUUGAGAUGUGUGUUAUAUUGAGUCAUUUGACUUUUUGGUUUGCAUUAAAAUGCACUAUUAUGACAUAGAGUGUUGGCCUUAGUAAUAUACUUGAUAUUGUGGAUCUACAGUAUAUUAUUUAUUCCUGGUCACCAUGUCUCUGAACUGUCAAAGGGAACGGUCCAGUCACUCCACUCUACAUCCACAUAGACCAGCCUGUGGGUCAGGUUUAAAGCACAAAAAAGAGAUUUUGCUCUUUAUUUUACUCCAAAGUUCCCAAAGUUUUUAGAUUUGGUAAUGUCCCAGUGUCUCUCGGCCUAUCAAAGAAUAAGGUUAAGAAAGGGUCAUCAAUCUUUGCAAAACUAACAGUGUCUUUGACUCCUGCUGGGCUUUUUCUCCAUUUUCUUGACCUCCCUUUAAUUCAUGCUGUACAUACUGUAUAAGGGACGUCACAGGAAACCACAGUUGGUUUUGCCUCAGUGCCAUUUUUGGGAAACUUUCAUACUGCCCACUCAGUUCCCUCAUAGAGGCUUGACACUGCUUAAUCAUGCAAGGUUGUAAGUGCGCCUUGAUAAAAGUCAGGAUUCUGCUUUUUAACCUUUCAAUUAGUUUUUACUUCCCUUUGUCAAGCACAGAAGCAGCUCCAAAAUGUCGUUGAGUUACCAAGCCGAGCCAGAUGUUUUCUCCUAAGAACAGAGCCUGUGUUGCCCGAGAGAGAAACAGGGAUUUUCCACUGAAACAUGGUUUUCUCUUUCCCUGUAACACUGACAGCACAGUUUGUGGUGCCGCUGGAGGAGAAUGAGGUUGCAAGUUAAUAACUUAAAAACAUCCCAAACUCGCCCGCCCUACUGUUGAGUCAGAGGCACUGCUUCUGUCUGAAUCACUGAGAGCAGGUCACACUGACCCAGCAAAGAGGAGAUCAAAACAAACUUGCCUGCAAAGCCUAUUUCUCAUGUCUUCUCCUCAAGUGUUAGCAUAUGUCCUCCCAGACAAACCAUAUGUGUUUUAAGCUCAAAUGAGCCAACACGCUUAUGGGAAAACCAUGGUGAGUUGUGCAAACAUGAGAUGGUAUAGGAUAUCAAGAGACAGAUGGUCAGAAAAAUGUAGUUUUCAUAAAAUAUUGGCAUUGUGUGAUAGUUUGUCUCCUUCUGCAAGUGCACUUUUACUUUUGAAUUUCCAUGUUUGUUUUGUUUAUAUGCUGCAACUAUAGAAUUGUACAUUUUCUUUUACUUGAACAGUAUACUGUAAUAAAGAUUUUAAUUGUAAAUGUUAUCAUUUCUUACUAAAUAACAACUGAGAUUCUUAAUUUGAUUUCCUUGUUUCUGCUGUCACGAGGCAAGGCAGAUGUGGUGAUAAACUCCUGCUGUCUGAGGUUUGAUUAGUUUAUGGCCCACUGCUGACGUGGAGGUAACGAUGAAAGGCUGUUGACUUCCUGAGCUGUAGGAGGCCGUCAGCAGCAUAUUCACAAGUUGUUGCCGUGGUUGAAUAGUGCUGAAUCAGAGUUCAAUCAGUUAUCAGCUUGCAUUCAUCUGUAUGUAUUUAUUGUACAGUUCCUAAUAAGCACUCAUCAAAAUAGCCAUAUGAUAUGCACUAUUUUCUGACUUCAUCCAGUCUGGAUUCAAUCAUGUGAUAAACUCAGUUGUUGCUUAGUAACUAAUGUUAUGUAAUCAACCUAAAUCCUGCUGUACAUCUCAAGUAACCUAUGCUGUAAAUAAGAUUUGUCUAUUGAGGGUGAGUGUUGCUCAUUGAUUGUAAUGAUUAUGCAAUUCCCAGUAAACUGCUUGUUUUUUCAGUUAA